AUGCUAACUGUCGCCACACAAUAUAAAACAGUGGCUAUAUCGAACGCAUUGAAUUCGGACUUUCUAAAUCUUUUAUUACGUGGUGUCGCUAUUGAUCCAGAUCCCGUCAUACGAAUAAUUGUACAAAAAAUACUACAUACUUUAAUUGACCGACAUGGGAAUACGGAACAGUUGUUGACUGUUCGAAUUUACAGUGAGAAUGGAUUAAGCAAUUAUUUUAUUUUGGAGAAGCCAGAAAGACAAGAUAUUUUAUUCAUGAAAAAGACUGGUGUGUUAUUCAUCGAAAAUAUCUAUCAUCAGUUAUUAGAUCCUAGUAACAAAGUAGACAAUUUAGAAUAUCUGUCAUGCACUGUUGGGUUGGUUGCAUUAGAAAUGGGUGCAGAACAGGUUAUUACAGAAUUGUUUCGUUUAAUCUUGGCAGUUCAAACAAAAAUCAUUGAUGAAAAUACUUAUAUGCCGUUAACACAUCGCUGUGCUUUACAUGCAUUAUUAGCUAGUACAAUAACACUACUUGUUCAGUUGAUUAAUCUUCAAUCACUUAGUGAACAUAUUUAUACUGUUAUUCAGCGUCGAAGAGACGUAGCACCGUGGUUACUGCCUUCCGUUGCAUUUAAUCGAACAAAUACUGUGGAUAGUUAUCCAACUGAAUUUGAAAUAAAUGAUGAUCUAUUGUUUUCAUCAGAUAAAAUAACUGAAUCACUAGUAAAUGCUGGUUAUGAUACUACAGUUUUGUCAAUUCCUUAUAAUCCGAUUUAUUUACGAUUAUAUGAUGGCAAAUCUCCUGAUCCACUUAUCGAUGGUACCAAUUAUCCACGUGUAAGCGGUAAUGAACAUUUUACUAAUCAAUCAGUGUGUUAUGGUACUGUUGAUGAUAAAAAUUCCAGUAUUGUGAACUCGGCUCCUGGUGCACGUAUGAAUUCAACAUGUUUAGAUGGAACAAUGCUAUGUCGUGAAAGCAGUCUUGUAGAAAGCGGUACAUGCUUUGCUCAAUCUGGAAGUAGUUUUUCGCUAACUGAUAGCCUUUAUUCAGUGGCAGAUUCAACUAAUAUGGUCGAUGAAUACUUAUCAUUCAAGAAUAUGCGCAAAAUAAUUAGUGACGGAGAAGAAAUUCAAAAACCACCGAAGUUUGUCGAAGAAGAUCGAUUAUUAGAUGGAUGUUUUAAUUCAACUGAAUUCAAUGAAAUCUGUGCUCAACAACGUGAAAAGUGA